CACUAUCAAGAAGAAAAUAAAUAAAAUAGGGGAAUCUUUUACGUCAUAAUUGUAAAUGUGUAAUUAGAUUUAGUUUAAGGUUUUGUUAGUUUGUUAUAUAUAGGAAUCAUAAUGGGGCAAGUUAGAGCGGAUAUCUCGAUGUUCAUAUCCGUCUCAUGGCAGGUCGGAUAUUUUGUAUGGGCACGGGUCGGUGCAGGUCUAUAUAGAUGGUAUGUACUUUGAAUGCAAAAUACAAGAAACAAUAAUUAUUUUCUUCAGUAAAAAAAUCGAGAAGCAAACUAUGACACUAUAAUUGUAGUUAUAUUAAUAUUCACAAAAUUGAGGUUUUUACCUAUUUGCAACUUUAUUAUAGCUAAAAAUAUUAUAUAAAAUCUCAAAUAAUUUAAACAAAAUUACAUAUAAUUUAGAUUAUACAUAUUAAUUAAUUAAUAUGUAUAAGUGAAAUAAAUGAUAAGUUUCAUGAAUUAACUAGUAGGCUGUUGCUUAGGCAGUUAUUCUAUCAAUAAAUCAUUACAGUUAUUUGCUGUUGGGUGUAGCACUCUUCUAAUAUGGAGUUACCAUAAAAGUUUCACCAUAGAAUGUUGCAUGCUAAAACAAUUUUUGUAUGGUGAAUCUUUUUUUCUUAAGUUCUGGAGUUCCAGGAUCCACUUGGUCAAAUAAAAAUGAGAAUGCAUAUGCGGAUGAGUUUAGUAAAUAUGGGUAGGAUAAAACUUGAAGACCUCACAAACUACAAAAUUCAAUUAUCUCCUUGAUAAUGAAAGCAGAUAAUUUUUUUAAGUCAACAAAAUGUUUUUUUUAGUAAAUAUGGGUAGGAUAACAUUUUUUAUAAUGAAUAGUAGGAUACCAUUUUUGGUUUAUUAGAUAAACCCUUUAACAGAAGUCUAAAUUAGUUAUACAACCGAAUAAACAAUGAUUUGAUGAAUAACUUUAUAAUUCAAUUUGUAUUGGAAAAAAUGUAUAGAACCCCAUUUACUCAAAUUCGGAAUGCAGCAUUGCCAAGCCUCUUUCACUUUUUCUGAAGCUAUCAAGAAAUAAAGAAUAUAAUUUUGUCAUUAUUCUUAAAAGUUUACAAAUCAUAUAAUUAAUAAAUAAAUAUAUUAUUAUAAAUAUAUAAAAACUAUUAUUCACGAAUGAAUACCACUCUUCAGGGCCGGCCAAGAGGGUGUGCUGGCCCGCCCUCCGGCACAGGGCCUCUGAAUAUUAGGGGCCUCCACUUAAAUUCGUUAGUUAUCGAUCGAAUAUUGCAGGUUGUUUUUUUAGUGUAUGAUUGAUAGAUUAUGAAUAUGAUGACGAAUUUAAUAGAUAAUUUUAGCUAUAAUAACAAUUGAAAAAGAUCUCAUGGAGAAUACGAAAAUCAGAGAGAUAAUAGAUAAUUUUAAUUUAAACAAUAAAGAAAGAUAUUAUAUUUUAAAUAAUGGUAUUAUAAUCAUUUUAGUUUUAUUAUAGUUAAAAGUCAAUUUGGAUCAUGUCUCAAUUUUGGAAUAGGGCCUACACGAUCCAUUAGAUAGACCCGCACCCACCUCUCGAUCAAUUUAUAUUAUUUUCAUUUCUCCAUUCAAUUUUUGCUCUAUAUCCAUUUUCUGUUCCCUCCAGAUUUACCUUUCUCCCUCCUUGCUAGGAGUGAGAAUUUAGUCUUGGUUUCUUGGUCAAACAGGAAGUGAGAUUGUUUAUUCAUUUUGAAAUCAUUUUCUGAACUUAUGUACUUUAUAAUUAUUUAAUAAAUUUAUUGAGAAAAAAAUUAGGGGCCACAUGUUAAAUUUUCGAACAAGGCCUCCAAAGAUCAUGGGACGGCUCUGCCACUCUUUAUUCCACACGGUCGAGGAAGUUUCUAGUGUCUUCCCCUUGGGGCGAAUGUAGCCAGCCCACGAAAAGUCGUCCACUUCUCCGCUUACUGACCACCUUUGGGCCCAGGCCUAGGCCCCCAGUAGCCCAACUUCUUCCACAAUUUGGUCAACACUAAGUCUUCUUCCUCUCUAACUUGUAUGAUUCCUUUACGCGGCACUGUCACUUCCGCAGAACUUUCCGGUGAGACACGACGCCCUGAUCAAUUCUUUUGAUCAGAAUAAAGAGAAGCCGGAAAUGUUAAUUUUACAGAGGAAAAAACAAAAGCUCGCUCCCACCGAUGACAACAAGAUUCGGAUUGCAUUCCUUCUUGUCCCUUCUCUGCUUCAUCUUAUUAACGUUUUCCAGUAGCGCACAGCAACAAGACACUCUCACGAUCGGCCAAUCACUAACCGACGGCCAGUCCCUAGUCUCAUCCGGCGGCAGCUUCCGGCUGGGCUACUUCCGGCCGGAAAAUUCCAGCAGCCGGUAUUUGGGGAUUUGGUACGGCGCCAGAGUACCGACUCAAACGGUCGUAUGGGUAGCCAACAGAGGAGCUCCGAUUUCCGACACCGGCGGGUUCCUCAACCUCACCAGGGAAGGAAUCCUCGUCCUCUCCGACGGCGACCGGAACAACCUCGCCGUCUGGUCCUCCAACGUGACCAGAAGAGUGUCUCCGACGAGUGGAUUCGUUGCCCAGCUCCUGGAAUCCGGCAAUUUGGUUGUUAGAGACGCCGCCGACGAGAACCCGGACAACUUUUUGUGGCAGAGCUUCGACUACCUCACCAACUCGUUGCUCCCGGGGAUGAAGAUCGGGAGAAACCUGACGUCCGGUCUGAACCGGACGAUGAGGUCGUGGAGGAGCGGGGAGGAUCCCGCGGAGGGUGACUUCUCCGUCCUCAUCGAAACGGAGGGUUACCCUCAGCUGUUGGUACGGAGGGGCACCGCGAUCCAGUUUCGUGCUGGAUCGUGGAACGGCCUCCGUUUUACUGGGGUUCCGUCCCUGAACCCCAGUCCGACUUUCUCGUUCGAGUACCAGUACGACGAGGGGGAGGAAGUUUACUUCAGGUUCGCGGUGCCCAACAACACGGUCGUGUCUAGAUACGCGAUCUCAACGUCCGGGUUGCUCCAGCAUCUGACGUGGAGCAACCGGACGGGGGAGUGGAUAGUGAUAGGCACGGCCCAGGGGGACCGGUGCCAGAACUACGGGUUGUGUGGGACCUACGCGAGUUGUUACGGGUCCCGGGCCCCGGCCUGUGAGUGUCUUACCAGCUUCAGCCCGAGGAACCCGAGCGACUUUAGCCGGUCGGCGUGGGAAGAAGGGUGCGUCAGGAGGACUGCGCUGGCUUGUAAUUCGAGCGAUGGAUUCAUCUUGCAUUCGAGUGUCAAGCUGCCGGACACGGCCGUGGCGCGAUGGAACCGGACGAUUGGGCUGGCGGAAUGUCGGAGGUUGUGCUUGGGGAACUGUUCUUGUACCGGGUAUUCUAGCUUGGACAUAAGGAAUGGCGGGAGCGGGUGCUUGAUGUGGUUCGAUGAUCUGAUUGACAUUCGAGAACUGGCGGAUCGUGGGCAGGAUUUGUACGUCAGGGUGGCUGGGUCGGAAAUACGAGCAGCAAUUCAAGGAAAUCAAGGGAGAACGGUCAUCAUGAUCGCCUCAGUAGUUUCGUCACUAGUGGCUUUGCUAGUCAUUUUAGGGAUUCUGCUUUAUGCUAGAAAAAGGAAACUUGAGCAAAAAGAAACACCCAAGACAAAUGAAGAGAUGGAUCUACCGACAUUUGAUUUGAGCACCAUAGUGGAUGCCACAAAUGACUUUGCAAUUGGCAAUAAGCUUGGAGAAGGUGGAUUUGGACCCGUUUACAUGGGUAAACUUCCCGAAGGGCAAGAAAUUGCGGUGAAGAGACUCUCAACGAGCUCGGGACAAGGGAUGAGCGAGUUCAAGAACGAGGUCAUUUUAUUUGCCAAACUCCAACAUAGAAACCUUGUUCGGUUGUUGGGUUGUUGCAUUCACGAGGAUGAGAAGAUGUUGAUCUACGAAUACAUGCCCAACAAAAGUCUAGACUUCUUCAUUUUCGACGAGACUCAAAGGAAACUAUUGAACUGGCAAAGACGGUCGAUAAUCAUUGACGGGAUCGUUCGAGGCCUGCUUUACUUUCACCAGAACUCCAGGUUGAGGAUCAUCCAUCGAGAUCUGAAAGCCAGCAACAUCCUGCUCGACAAGGAGCUGAGGCCUAAGAUAUCCGACUUUGGCCUCGCGAGUACGUUCGGAGGAGAUCAAACAGAGGGCGAAACAAAAAAAGUCGUGGGCACAUUUGUCUAUAUGUCUCCGGAAUACGCGGUGGACGGUCUCUUCUCGGUCAAAUCCGACGUGUUCAGUUUCGAAGUCCUGGUUCUUGAGAUAGUGAGCGGUAGGAGGAACCGAGGGUUCUAUCACACCGACCACGACCUCAAUCUCGUAGGCCACGCAUGGACGCUGUGGAACGAAGGUGCGGCCCUGGGAUUGAUAGAUGAUUCGUUGAAGGAGAGUUGCAACGAAUCAGAGGCGUUGAGAUGCAUCCACGUGGCGUUGCUGUGCGUGCAGCAGAGGCCCGAAGACAGGCCCAACAUGUCGGCGGCGGUGCUGAUGUUGGGCAGCGAGAAUCCUCUGCCGGAGCCCAAGCUGCCUGGAUUCUACCUCAGGAGGAAUCCGCCGGAGGCCGACACUUCUUGCUCUGCUAAUCAGGUCUCUAUAACAGUGAUGGAGCCGCGGUAGUUCAAGAGUAACGCGUACGUCCAUUGUUUUUGUCAAGCCCCUCAAACGAAAGCCAACCCAUGGGCUUGAAGUUUGCACAGGCCCAUCAUACCAUGUGCUUGAAAGACAACGAUUAAUAUUGGGGGUCGUGGAGAUUCGAACACAUGACCUUUCGGUUCUAGGCUCUGAUACCAUGUCAAGAACCAGUUGAUCCCAAUAACUCGAUUUGUUGGGAGAGAUUCAAUCGUAGAUCUUAUACCACUCUCUAACAGUUUUCGUUCAAACUUUUGAGGAGGGUUUGAAGUUGAAUGAAUGGAAAAGAUUGGAAACAAGGACGAUUUCCUUAGAAAGAUUCUUGAUAUUUAGUGUUUGUUUAUAUUGAUGGUGAAAAAUUCAAGUCAGUAGUGUUGGUAUUUAGUGUUUGUUUAACCAGGACAAAUCCUAUAGCAAAUUAAUAAAUUCAUGUUAUCUUA